AUAAUAAUCUUGUUGGUAAUGCAUUAAAUUCAUUUUGCUUAUUGAUAAAAAGUGAUUUGUGAUGAUUGAUAAUGAUAUGCAAAGAUCUACAAAUGUGCAGCCAAACCCGACACUUGGCAAUGACGUAUUUGUUGCUUUUGGAUUGUUGGCUAAUUGUGCCUUGGGGAAAGAGUGUGUCUUUAGGGACCACUCAUAUGAGGCCCAGAUUUGCAGAGAGUGAUGAAUGGCUGAAGUUUGAAACAGGAUGCUGCGGGGAUACGCACAAAAUUGAAGGUUUCGAUUGAAUCCCUCCCUAAAGAGGGAGUAUUUGUGGACUCCCAGAGAUGCCACAGGAAAAACCAGUUUGCUUAGUGGCUUAGUUAUUUAACUAAGAGGCACUGCUCUACAUCAGGGCACUUGAACAUAAAGGCAACAACAUCAUCCACCUGAUUCCUCAUAGCCCUUGCACAUCACUGUAUGGGGCUGCAUCCUUUAGUGGACACAUCCUCCAUAUAACUGUCCUAUGCACACCAGAAGGCUAGACAGAUUUUGGAACAGCACCUGAAAUGGAACAGUCUACGAAAGAUUGACAUCUGCAUCACAGAGUUCCCACCCACAACCUCACCAGACCAAAACAACCAGUAUGUGAAAAGCCAACAAGAGAAUGACAAGAAAGUGAAACCAUGAGGCACAGCAGGAGCAAGAGUUUCUCUGACAGCCUUGUCCUAGAAGAUGUGGACAAAGGUGGUGUGAUUGUCAAGAGCAUCAGAGCUGACUCUUCCACUGACAUAGGCCUGAAAGAAGGUGAUGAAAUUAUUGGUGCAACCAUCCACUUCGACAAACUUAAGAAAGAUGAGGUGUUGAGGGUACUGAAACUAAUUGAACCUUAUGAUGAAAACAUGAAAGUUCUGACAAAAGAAAGUUUGAAAGCCAGUGUAAGUUCUGGAAUAUUAAACAACUCCAUUGCAUCUCCAAAAGAAAUGCUUGAGGAUUCUUACUCCAGACUUUUCCACAGCAAAGUACAGAGAUUCCUGAACAGAGAACCAUUUGUAUGUGAUGCGGCAAAAACAUCAGCUGUUAAAAUUGGUGACCUGAACAGCCAGCUUCUUGUCCAAGGGACAAGACUACAUUUGGAUGGACCAAGCUUUAAGAGUGACAUUGCAGGCCCUUCUCAAAAUUUGUCCAAUAUGAUUGCGCAAACACCUCAAGUAGAUAUUGAUGCUAAAUGGUCAGGCCCAAAGAUACAAGACACAAAAGCUCUGGAAGAUUCCAGUUUCAGUGUACCAGACUUCAGCAAAAGCUGCCCAAUGCCACCUAUGGGAUUAUCUUCAAAACUGAAAGAACCAGAUUUGGAGGACAAUGUAAAGUGCCUUGAAGUUAAUCUCUCGGGUCCUAAUUCAGAAUCUUCAGACAUGGACCUAAAUAUGAAAAUUGACAGUAUUAAAGGAGGUGACAAUGUCUCUGGUAUUGACAUGUUAGAUGACAGCACACAUCGUCCUGAACUUGACCUGAAAGCAACAGAUGUUGACCUCAAAUCACCCUCUAAGAAAUGUACAUAUCAAACAUUACCUAAAUUUGGAAUGUCUGGGCCAAAUGUAAAAGGGCCAGAAAUGGACAUUGAUGGAGAUCAGGAAACACCAGGGUUAAAUUGCUCAUCUCCUAAGAUCCUAAAGGAAAACAAUACUCCACAGUUUGGUGUGGAUUUACCCAAAGCUGAUUUCAACAGCCCUAAACUAGAUAUGAAAACAUCAGAUCUUGAAAUGGGUGCCCCAUCAGCGAAAUUCACCAUGCCAAAAUUGAAUCUGUCAGGGCCCAAAGUCAGAGGACCAGAUUUUGAUAUUGAUGCAGGCCUGAAAACACCUGAUCUGAGUCUCAAACCUCAUAAAAUUAAAGGAGGAAUUAAAGCUCCAGACAUAGGUUUGAACUUACCCAGAGAUGACAUCAAAGGCUCUAAAUUUCACAUGAAAAUACCAGACGUUGACCUGAAAACUCCCUCUCGACAAUUUAAACUUCCAACAUUGCCUAAAUUUGGAAUCUCUGGACCUAAAUUGAAACGUACAGAAGUGGACAUUGAUACGGAUCUGAAAACGCCAGAUAUGAAUUUCUCGGUUCCUAAGAUCAAAGGAGAAACGAUUGCCCCUGAGUUUGGUGUGGAUUUACCCAAAGCUGAUUUGAACAGCCCAAAACUAGGUACAAAAACACCACAUCUUGACAUCAAUGCCCCAUCAGGGAAAUUCGCCAUGCCUAAAUUUAGUCUGUCAGGGCCCAAAGUGAAAGGACCAGAAUUUGGCAUUGAUACAGGCCUGAAAACACCUGAUCUGAAUCUCAAAGCUCCUAAGCUUAAAGGAGGAGUUAGAGCUCCUGACAUAGGUUUGAAUUUACCUAGUGCUGACGUGAAAGGCACUGGACUUAAUAUGCAUGUACCAGAUAUUGAUCUGAAAUCACCCUCUCGUCAUUUUAAAUCUCCAACAUUACCAAACUUUGGAAUCUCUGGACCUAAAUUGAAACAUCCAGAAAUGGAUAUUCAUGGAGAUCUGGAAACACCAGACAUGAAUCUUUCACCUCCGACAAUCAAAGGAGAAAUGAAUGUCCCUGAGUUGGGUGCGGAUCUACCCAAUGCUGAUUUCAACAUUUCUAAGCUAGAUAUGAAAACACCAGAUCUUGCCAUUAAUGCCCCAUCAGGAAAAUUUGCCAUACCUAAAUUUAGUCUGUCAGGGCCCAAAGUGAAAGGACCAGAUUUUGGUAUUGAUGCAGGCCUGAAAACUCCUGACCUGAAUCUCAAAGCUCCUAAGAUUAAAGGAGGAAUUAAAGCUCCUGACAUAGGUUUGAAUUUACCUAAUGCUGACAUUAAAGGCACUGGGCUUAAUGUGGAUGUGCCAAAUGUUAAUCUGAAGUCUCCCUCUCAAAAAUUUAAAUUUCCAACAUUACCUAAAUUCGGAAUAUCUGGACCUAAAUUGAAACAUCCAGAAAUGGACAUUCAUGGAGAUCUGGAAACACCAGACAUGAAUCUUUCACCUCGUACAAUCAAAGGAGAAAUGAAUGUCCCUGAGUUGGGUGCGGAUCUACCCAAUGCUGAUUUCAACAUUCCUAAGCUAGAUAUGAAAACACCAGAUCUUGCCAUUAAUGCCCCAUCAGGAAAAUUUGCCAUACCUAAAUUUAGUCUGUCAGGGCCCAAAGUGAAAGGACCAGAUUUUGGUAUUGAUGCAGGCCUGAAAACUCCUGAUCUAAAUCUCAAAGCUCCUAAGAUUAAGGGAGGAAUUAAAGCUCCUGACAUAGGUUUGAAUUUACCUAAUGCUGACAUUAAAGGCACUGGGCUUAAUGUGGAUGUGCCAAAUGUUAAUCUGAAGUCUCCCUCUCAAAAAUUUAAAUUUCCAACAUUACCUAAAUUCGGAAUAUCUGGACCUAAAUUGAAACAUCCAGAAAUGGACAUUCAUGGAGAUCUGGAAACACCAGACAUGAAUCUUUCACCUCGUACAAUCAAAGGAGAAAUGAAUGUCCCUCAGUUGGGUGCAGAUCUACCCAAUGCUGAUUUCAACAUUCCUAAGCUAGAUAUGAAAACACCAGAUCUUUCCAUUAAUGCCCCAUCAGGAAAAUUUGCCAUACCUAAAUUUAGUCUGUCAGGGCCCAAAGUGAAAGGACCAGAUUUUGGUAUUGAUGCAGGCCUGAAAACUCCUGACCUGAAUCUUAAAGCUCCGAAGAUUAAAGGAGGAAUUAAAGCUCCUGACAUAGGUUUGAAUUUACCUAAUGCUGACAUUAAAGGCACUGGACUUAAUAUGAAUGUACCAGAUAUUGAUCUGAAGUCUCCCUCUCAAAAAUUUAAAUUUCCAACAUUACCUAAAUUCGGAAUAUCUGGACCUAAAUUGAAACAUCCAGAAAUGGACAUUCAUGGAGAUCUGGAAACACCAGACAUGAAUCUUUCACCUCCUAUAAUCAAAGGAGAAAUGAAUGUCCCUCAGUUGGGUGCGGAUCUACCCAAUGCUGAUUUCAACAUUCCUAAGCUAGAUAUGAAAACACCAGAUCUUGCCAUUAAUGCCCCAUCAGGAAAAUUUGCCAUACCUAAAUUUAGUCUGUCAGGGCCCAAAGUGAAAGGACCAGAUUUUGGUAUUGAUGCAGGCCUGAAAACUCCUGACCUGAAUCUCAAAGCUCCUAAGCUUAAAGGAGGAAUUAAAGCUCCUGACAUAGGUUUGAAUUUACCUAAUGCUGACAUUAAAGGCACUGGACUUAAUGUGGAUGUGCCAAAUGUUAAUCUGAAGUCUCCCUCUCAAAAAUUUAAAUUUCCAACAUUGCCUAAAUUCGGAACCUCUGGACCUAAAGUGAAUUGUCCAGAGGUGGACAUUGAUGGAGAUCUAGAAACACCUAAUUUCAAUCUCUCAGCUCCUAAGAUCAAAGGAAAAAUAAGUGCUCCUGAUUUGGGUGUGGAUUUACCCAAAGCUAAUUUCAAGAGCCCUAAACUAGAUAUGAAAACAUCAGAUCUUGACAUUGGUACCCCAUCAGCAAAAUUCACCAUGCCAAAAUUGAAUCUGUCAGGGCCCAAAGUCAAAGGACCAGAUUUUGAUAUUGAUGCAGGCUUGAAAACACCUGAUCUGAAUCUCAAAGCUCAUAAAAUUAAAGGAGGAAUUAAAGCUCCAGACGUAGGUUUGAACUUACCCAGUGAUGACAUCAAAGGCUCUAAAUUUCAUCUGAAAAUACCAGAUGUUGACCUGAAAACUCCCUCUCGACAAUUUAAAUUUCCAACGUUGCCUAAAUUUGGAAUCUCUGGACCUAAAUUGAAACAUACGGAACUUGACAUUGAUGCAGAUCUGAAAACACCAGAUUUGAAUCUCUCGGCUCCUAAGAUCAAAGGAGAAAUGAAUGCCCCUGAGUUGGCUGUGAAUUUACCCAAAGCUGAUUUGAACAGCCCAAAACUAGGUACAAAAACACCACAUCUUGCCAUUAAUGGCCCAUCAGGGAAAUUCACCAUGCCUAAAUUUAGUCUGUCAGGACCCAAAGUGAAAGGACCAGAAUUUGGCAUUGAUACAGGAAUGAAAACACCUGAUCUGAAUCUCAAAGCUCCUAAGCUUAAAGGAGGAGUUAGAGCUCCUGACAUAGGUUUGAAUUUACCUAGUGCUGACGUGAAAGGCACUGGACUUAAUAUGAAUGUACCAGAUAUUGAUCUGAAAUCACCCUCUCGUCAUUUUAAAUCUCCAACAUUACCAAAAUUUGGAAUCUCUGGACCAAAAGUGAAACGUCCUGAAAUGGACAUUCGUGGAGAUCUGGAAACACCAGACUUAAAUCUUUCAGCUCCCAAGAUGAAAGGAAAAAUCAGUGCUUCUGAGUUUGGUGCGGAUCUACCCAAAGCUGAUUUCAACAUUCCUAAGCGAGGAAUGAAAAUGCCAGAUCUUGACCUUGAUGCCCCAUCAGGGAAAUUCACCAUGCCCAAAUUUAGUCCAUCAGGGCCCAAAGUGAAAGGGCCAGAUUUUGACAUUGAUACAAGCCUGAAAACACCUGAUCUGAGUCUCAAAGCUCCUAAGUUUAAAGGAGGAAUUAGAGCUCCUGACAUAGGUUUGAAUUUACCUAGUGCUGACAUGAAAGGCACUGGACUUAAUAUGGAUGUACCAGAUUUUGAUCUGAAAUCACCCUCUCUUCAAUUUAAAUCUCCAACAUUACCAAACUUUGGAAUCUCUGGACCUAAAGCAAAACGUCCUGAAAUGGAUAUUCGUAAAGAUCUAGAAACACCAGACUUAGAUCUUUCAGCUCCUAAGAUAAAAGGAAAAAUCAAUGCUCCUAAGUUUCAAAUCAAUGCCUCUGAGUUUGGUGCAGAUCUACCCAAAGCCGAUUUCAACAUUCCUAAACUAGGAAUGAAAAUGCCAGAUCUUGACAUUGAUGCCCCAUCAAAGAAAUUCACCAUGCCCAAAUUUAGUCCGUCAGGGCCCAAAGUGAAAGGGCCAGAUUUUGGCAUUGAUACAAGCUUGAAAACACCUGAUCCGAAUCUCACAGCUCCUAAAAUUAAAGGGAGAAUCAAAACUCCAGAGGUAGACGUUGAUUUACCCAAUGGUGACAUGAAAGGCUGUGAACCUGACCUCAAAUCAUCAAAUUUUGACUUGAAAUCACACAUGAUUAAAGGUGAAAUCAGUUCCCCUGAUGUAAUUCAAAGUUUACCACAAACGGAUAUCAGAGAGUCGUUGAAUUUGAAUACACCACAUCUUGAUCUUGAUGCUCUCUCAGGAAAAUUGAAUGUGCCAACACAAAAGAGACCUAAAUAUGGACCCACUGAAUUAAAUAUGAAUAGACAACAACUUGAUAUUGAUGCAUCCUCAAAAAUGAAGAGUGCAAUCAAUACUUCUGACAAAUCUGACAAAUCACCCAAAGCUAAUCUCAAAGGUCAAGUAGAUAUCCCCAAACCUAAUCUGAAAAAUCCCAGUGUUGUUGAGUAUGCCGAUUUACCAAAAGGGAAAGGAUAUAACUCGCCUAGUACUAAUAUCAUGUGUACUCCAGAUAUUGACCUUGAAGUGCCUGGGGGCACAUUAAAAAGGUCAAAGGUAAAGUUGCAAAAAACCUUCCUUUAAAUGCAAAGGAAUGACUUUACACUAAGCAUAAACAGAAAGAGCAGCCCCAUUUUGACUUUAAUAAUCCCAAGAGAAAUGUAGGAUUCCCUCAUUUUCUUGUUGAUCUAAAAUGAACUAGAUGUUUUUUUGUGAACUGUGUAUGCAAAGAUUUUAGUACAUGACCAAGUAAUCAUUAACAUGAAGAUAGUGAGACUACUAGAAAAAUACAUAGCGCUAAUACCAUAUUCAGCAACACUCGGAUAAUGCGUUCUCCCCAAAAGUUUUCUUCUCCCGAAUUUGACCAAUAUUAUUCGGAUUCUGAUCUGUUUUCCCAUCUCUUUGAUGCAAGUUGCUCAGAAGUCAGUACCAAGUUUCUCAAUUAGAAACACAAUGGCAGAGAGACAGCAAUUGAGACUUUCCUUUAACACUAGAUAGGCCAAAGAGAAGCCAUUGCGCUUUGGGGACUUUAUAAUUAAAAUUACUCCCAAUGCCAUAAAUGCGAUAUCCUCCUCCUUCUAUGACUUUCCUAAAUAUUUAGGCUUUAAAUAACUGUGUUUUUAAAAUGAGAAAAAAUCGACUAAGUAAAGAAAUACUGGCCGUCUGUGCCAUUUUCUUCACAAACCCCUCCCCACCAGACAAUAGAGAAGUGCUCUUACCCAGGUGCGAACAUGUUGUGAACUCUGGGCCCGCUAUUCAACAAUUGAAUGACCAGUGCUUUCAAAAUAAUUUCCCAAUAAAGCACUAUCAAGACAAAUUUUGCACAUACGAUCACAAAAAAUUCAUUGACUGCAAUUGUGAUGAAUUUGAUAAAGCCUUUAUGAAUACUUGUGGAUGCUGUAGUUAUAGAAACGAUAGGCUUAGAACGCCGUGGAGAUAACGCCACAACAUUGUUUUGAGUUUUCACUGAAACUGAGACUUUAAAUAAACUAAAUAGAAUAUCUACACAACUGCAUGAAAUAUUUGAGAUUUUUGUGCGUGCGUUUCCGGGAAACCACCAAAGCUACGCGUUCUCUGUUGAAUUGAGGAGGGCGACAGUGCAUAGAAAGCACAUUUCCAGGAGAAGGGAGGGAGAAGUUUGCUGAAUGACCAAAGAAAUUACCUAAAAUUAAAAUUAUUAUAAAUUUAAAAAUGUAUUUAACUACUUUUCUAUUUUGUGUUUUGUCAUGCACAUUUUAGGGCUUUUCUCAGUGUUCCUGUAAUAUACAUUUUCCCUUAGCCUAUAUAACAAAACCGGUAUAAUUUAGAAAUAUAAACACUGAAAUCAGUUUCAUGAUCUUUAUGAAAUUCGGUCGCUGCUGGUGCAGAAAUCGAUGCUAUAAUGCUUAGUGGUAGUUGGCUACAUAAUAAAAAAAAGUGACCUUUUCAGAGUUAAAACAUUACAGAAACAGGUUGUUGGCUAAUGACACACCCAGUCAUUGUGUGAAGCAUUUAGACUGUGUCCUUCAGGUAGGGGUGAUGGGGUUCAUGCAGUUCAUACUGUGCAGUUCAUAGUAAGGAUGAGGAACUUUUUUUUUAUUUUUAAAAACAUUUACCUAUGUUUGAAGCUUGAUUUGACUGUCUGUUUACUUAAGUGUUAUAAUAGCCUGUUAUGGCUAUAUAACCAUAGGUCCAUGUUUGUUAAACACAGCUUUAAAAAGCAAUUAUAGUGAUUAUAAUGGUAAUAAUUCAAUACAGCUUCCGUGUUAAACUCCACCCACUUCUGGUUCACGGCACACCCACUUCUGGUUUUGAUCCGAAUACAAAUACAAAUUUUUUUUUGGUUGAACAAAUACAGAUACAAAUACAAAGAGUGGAGUCUCCCUCCAUCCCUAAUGGCUAUGGAUAGCUGCUGUUUUAUGAGAAUUGUACUUUAUCUGACCUGUAUUUGUAUUUGUUCCAGUGACCUUCGGUAUGCACUUAUUGUGCGUUGCUUUGGAUAAAAGCAUAUGCCAAAUAAAAUCUAAUGUAAUGUAACGUAGCAGAUAUGGCAAGAAAACUGUACAUAUUGUAAUACUGUAUACUGUAAAACUGUAAAUACGGAAUACUGUAAAACCAUACAAUGAAAAGGAAAAGGGAAAAAAAGAGAAUAUCUCUGACUACAUGUGCCUUUUAUUUUAUUUGGCAAAACAAUAAAAUUAUGUCUCAGGCUUCAAAUAUGACUUUAGCCACUAGAUGUAACUAUGCAUGGUCUCAAGACUGCACAAGGGUGUGCACUUUUCAUAAAGUAAAAAUUUAAGAAAUAGUGAAUUGUUGGUUAUGUAAAUAAAAUUUGUUUAGCAAUGUAAAAUAGGGGAGUAAAGGGAUAGUGAAAACAUAACACAAAAGAGGUUUACCUUCCAUAGUCCAAGGACGCAGGCUAGCCUUGUAAAUAAAGAAAAUCCAUUUAUAUUUGAAUAACUUACUGACCUAUAGCAUGGUUAUCACACAGACUGUCACAACAAUUUUGUUAUGUCUGACCAACAUUAUGAUCUUUGUUCUUGGAUGUAUUUUCAUUUUGUGAAUCCUUUUAUUAUCUUCCCAUAGGAUUUAUCACACAUGCUGUGACAUCUGAUUGCCUACAUUUUGUCAUUACAUCAAUGUUUCAUGUUUCAUGUCAUCUCCUCGUCUAAGGUGUGGUUUAUUGAUGUGAAUUAUCCAUUUGCAUGAUUUACAAACCAACACAAAUGAUUUGGAUUGCAUAUAGAUUGCACUGCAUAGCAAUUGUCAUUCUGCAAUAUGUGAUAAACUUUGUAUUGAUUUAGAACCGCCCUUUUCUGUAUUUAUAUGUAUGUAACUGCCGUAUGUACAAUAUAUUAUGUAAUUUGCCUCCAUGUAAUUUAAUAGUAUAUGUAUAACAUCAACAAUUUGACCAAUGGUUUUGUUUCCCAUCUGGUGAUGAUGGCCACUGUAUAUAAACAAGCAAUUGCUGCACUGCCAAUAAGCACUGAAGAAAGCAUGUGACUGAAACAUUUUGUGCUCACUUUUUUCUUCACUAUGUAAUCCAAUAUAUUUUAAAGAGAAAAAAAAA